AUGCAUAAUUCAAGGGAGAGAAAUAAGGAAAUAGUUAUAUCAAAAGGUUAUGUGGGGAGCAAGCAGUCCUCUAGUUUUGAGGAUACUAAUUCUGCUAAAGAGAAAGCUAAAUCUAUCUAUCCACCUAUAGAAAGCCAUUGGAAUUUACCUCCUCAAAAGGAGUACAAGAAAUUGUCUUCAUUAAACUUAAAUUGCAAGUCCAUGUUGUCUUACCCACUCAAGAUUCGGGAUUCACUAAAGAGAAUUAGAAAGAGCCAAAGCUUGCUAGCAGUUCCCAAAGAAGCUCGUGAUCCAAAAGAUGAUCAAAUUGUUCAAUCUUUCCGUGAAUUGCUUUUGCUCGAGGGCCAUCUACCAGGGAAACACGGUGUGAUUACCACACACUUUUACGCAUUGUUUGAGUACUGUGUGGUGAAGUGUGAAUCGGGCAAAGAUGAUGUUCUGUUUGGAGAAUUUAAGUUCGAAGAGUACAAAGAGGUUAAGAAAUGCUAUCCUCAUGGAUUUCAUGGAGUUGAUAAGUAUGGAAGACCACUAUACAUAGUGGGUUAA